AUGACAUUUGAAAAACCAAAUUUACUUGUUGGUUCACCAAAAGCAAACAGUGGUGCCAGACAACCAGGUGUCAAAAAUGGUGGUGCUGUAUUUCGAUGUUCUGUGGAAAAAUCACUCUGCUCGGAAAUUUUCCUCGAUCGAAAAGGUAACGAGAAACGACUCAAUGGAUCUCAUUCUUUACAAAUUGAAGAGAAAUCGGGUCAAAUGUUGGGUGCCACCGUUAGAGUAUCCAAGAAAGGCGAUUCUGUUAUUGUUUGUGCUCCUCACUACAAGUAUUUCUUUUCGAAGUUUGAAGUUGUCGAACCUGUUGGAACAUGUUUUUAUGCAACAAAUGGCUUCGAAAAAAUUGAGGAAUUUGCUUCAUGCCGGCAAGAACCUGCUCGUCAUGGCCAUCAUCGUUUCGGAUACGGAAUGUGCGGGUUCAGCGCGACAAUUCCUGAUGAUGGUAAUGAGCGAUUGUACAUCGGUGCUCCUGGUGCAUAUUACUGGCAAGGUACAGUCUUUGCACAAAGCGUCCGCAAUCAAUUCGAUCGACCAAAUACGCGUGAUGGUCCAGCACAUCAUGAUAACUACAAUCUUGGCUAUUCAUUGGCCGCAGGUGAUUUUGAUGGUGAUAAUGUGGAAGAUGUAGUUGCUGGAGUACCACGUGGCAAUGACCUUAUUGGUGCUGUUUACAUUUUCAAUCACAAAUUAGUAUCACUGAAGAAUCUAACUGAUAAAAAUGGCCAGAAAGGGCAAUUCUUUGGUGCUGCUGUGGCAGUUACUGAUUUGAAUAAUGAUGGUUACGACGAUAUCAUCGUGGGAUCACCAUUUUAUACUGACUACAAGACAGUGAUGGAUGUGAAAACUCAAGAACAUAAGCCUCGUUACGAUAUUGGCAAAGUUAUGGUUUUCUUCCAAGGACCAGAUCAUGAUUUCCCCAAAUGGGAAUCAUUGUUGGGGCAUACCGAGUGGUCACGGUUCGGUUAUUCUAUUGCGGCUGCUGGUGAUUUAAAUCAGGACGGUUAUAAUGACUUUAUCGUUGGGGCACCAUAUGAUGGUGAUGAUCGUCGAGGUGCCGUGUACGUAUAUCACGGAGCGAAAAAUGGCGUACGUAAGGAACCAACGCAGAAAAUUGAAGCACGAAAAGUAAACGCUGAUUUAAAAGCAUUUGGAUUCUCGCUUGCUGGUGGCAAAGAUAUCGAUAAAAAUCAAUAUCCAGAUAUUGCCGUUGGUGCUUACCAAAGUGCUCAUGCAGUGGUCUUUAAAACGAAACCAGUAGUUACAGUAAGGGGUUCACUAACUACAGCUAAGAACUCAAUUAAUCUGGAGGAUAAAACUUGCUCAACCGAAUUUGGAAUGAUGGCCUGUGAGCAAAUGAAACUUUGUAUGCAAUACGAAGGCAAAGGUCAAUCACCACCGGAUAUUGAUCUGAAACUUCUCUUUCAACUUGAUUCUAAGAAAACUAUUACACCACGAGCAUUUUUUAGACGGCGAGAUUUGAACAAUAAACGCAAUAUGAAAGUUCACAGAAAAGCUGCAUCACGUGAUCAACCGGAUAUAAUUGAGCAGAUGGUGCAUUUACGGAAAGGACAUGAGUACUGCGAAACGUACGAUUUUUAUGUCUCUGAUACAAUACGCGAUAAGUUAAAUCCGAUACAUAUCAUGGCGAACUACAGUUAUGAAGAACGUACAUCCGGUGUAUCAACGAGUGGUCAUUUGGAACCUGCACUGGAUACUACCGUACCGUUAUCAUUUGAAGUUGAACUUCCGAUAGAUAAAAAUUGUGGUCCAGAUGAGAAGUGCAUUCCGGAUCUACAAGUGCAUGCCAUCUCGAGCAAAAAGAAAUUCACCAUUGGUGCAGCUGAUCAGUCAUUAAUUCUUAACGUAACGGUCGCAAACCGCGGGGAGGAUUCGCAUGAAUCACAAUUUUUUAUCACAAUACCACCGGGCUUCGAAUAUGGUGGUGUCGAGAAUUAUGCCACACAGCAACCACUUAGUUGUUCGCCACAAUCUAAAACAGGAAAAGAUGAAGAAUACGUAUUUACAUGUGACAUUGGUAAUCCACUAACAGGUAACAGUGAAGCCAAAUUUGGAUUCCGUUUGACGGGUACCAAAGUAGAUGCUACAGAUGAAGCCAUCGAAAUUAAAAUGUCUGUCAACAGUAGUAAUGAAGAGGCUUUCGGCCGCGAUGCCGAUAAUGAAUUAACUGUACGAGUUCCAGUCGAAAUUAAAGCGCAGCUUUCAUUGGUUGGCCGGUCAACACCGGAACAACUGGAUUACUCGAUUCGGAAUCGAACUCCGAGUGAUCCUAUUUUUGACUCCGAAAUCGGUCCCGUUGUCAGUCAUUUGUACCAGGUCAUAAAUCGUGGUCCAAGUGCCAUUAGUGGCGCUUCGUUAGAUAUCAUUUGGCCAAGUUUUGCUGAAAAUGGGAAACACUUGUUGUAUUUGAUUGAUGAACCACAAGUGAAUGAUGCUGACAAAGUAAAGUGCCGCGUGAAACAAGCACAAAAUAUCAAUCCGGAUAGUUUGACGAUCUCAAAUGAACACAUUCCGACGCCAUCAGCCAUCAUCUACGAUGAUCAGAUACCUGUGCACCACUAUGAACGUGAGGAACACGUUCGAGAAAUGUACGAUGAUUAUAAGUUGAGGCUACGUCGAAUGCAAAUUCGAACAGAGCAUAGAGUUCGCAAUCGGAAGAUCAAACGAUCUCAACAUCAAAUACUAACUGAUCAACGUAGAAUUCGAGUUAUUCAAGCUAAAGAUAAUAUGAAACAAGCUGUUAGAAUGGCUAAAGCGGCUGGAAAAGCUAUCGAGUACAAAGGACCUUUGAGUCGGGCGAAUAUUGGUUGCAAUAAAGAUAACUGCACGCAUAUUGAGUGUGAUAUUCGACGGCUUAAUGAGGAUGAAUUUGUUCUGGUGGAAAUCUACGCUCGCUUAGCUGUGAAUACCCUAAUUGAUAAUAAUAUUUAUGAAGCUGAUAUCUCAUCCAUUGGAAUGGCUAAAAUAUCAGCAUUGCCCAGUGCGCCACGUUAUAAUCCACCAGCACAACUUGUCGCGGUAACCACGGACGUGAAUCCAACGGAUCCAGAACAAGCGAAACGUGGUGUACCGUGGUGGUUAUAUCUAAUUGCUAUCCUUAUUGGAUUGGUCAUCUUAGCACUUCUUAUCUUAUGUCUUUGGAGGUGUGGUUUUUUCAAACGUCACAGGCCACCAACCGAACAAGCUACAUACAAUACAAAUGCCAAAAAUAUGGACAUGUAUGCGGAUAGUCAGGUCCGAUAUGCUCAACCACACAUGUACUCGGAGGGACGACACGGUGUUCGAGUAUGAUGAGUAAGCAGUACUGUUCCUGUCUUUGCAAUAUUUGUGCAAUUUUUUUGCUCAAUUGACGAAUUCUUGCCAUAAUCUGUUAUCAUAUAUUUCGGAAAGAAAGCUAAAUUUUGAAGUUUUAAUCCUCAAGAUGAAUGAUUUGAAAGUGAUAAUGAAAAUAAUUGUUAAACCUCAUCAGUUGUGAAAAAGUGAAAAAAUGCCAAUAUUUUUGUUUUUUU